AUGGAAACGUUGAAACGGUUGACUUUCGUUAAACGAGGAGAACAGAAACUGUAUUGCUUUAUUGAAGCGUGCAACCAAAUCUUCCCAAAUGUUUCGAGAAGCACCGUCAGGUUGUGGUUAAGAAACUCUAACAUUGAAACGCUAUACCCCACCCUGGACGAAAGGCGUGUUUUCAAACACGCCAACCCUCAAUUGAAAAGUUCAGUGUUUGGCCUUAUUCGAGAGACCGACUUGAAACGCCUGAUAAACGAGAAAGUUGAAAAAACAUGUGCAAAAGUCGCCCGCCGUUCAUCAACUUGCCCCCAACCCAAACUGGUUGUCUAUAGCGAUGACGGAAGUUCAGAAGACGACGGCGGAGCUAUUUCGACACCGAAAACUACAUUAUCGCUGAAUACGUCGAACGCUGCUUCGACCGUUACUUCCUCGUCGCCGCAAAAGAUGGAGAUAGUCGAAACUGCGACGCCAAAUUCGUCAAAGCGGGUGUGUAAAGUUGUCGCUGUCAGCCCAGCAGAAUUUCCUACGCCUCCUUCCAGUCGUGGUACGACCAACGACAGCGGCGAUGAAUCCACGCCACAAUCAGCGAAGAGAUGCAGGACUCCCUACAAAUUAAGCAAACAAGAGGCUGGCGAAAUCGUAAACACUGAAGUGAACGAACUAUGUAAGUUUUACACAAUUGAAUUGAACCCCAAACGUAAUGGCCCGGCGUUCGCGAAACAAACUCUAGAUAAAUUAGUCGAAAGAAUAUAUUGUUUUUUAUAUUUCUGUAUCCAUCACCGGAAUGUACCAGUUGUGACUCUCGAUAUUUUUAACACGGACACGCUAAUUUGUGAAUAUGUCGAUUAUCUAUCAAAAGUUAGAAAACUAAUGCCUAACACAAUUACAGCACAUCUUAGUUGCAUUAUUAACGUCAUAAAAUAUAACUUUCGCGAAGAUUGGAGCGCAUUAGAUAGCUGUAAGGCGGUUAUGUCGUGUAGAUCUUAUCAAAGGCAGUUGUCGCGGCAAGCUAAGAUGAUCGCAAAGCGCGGCAAAGAAGGUUUGUGCAUGAAAAAGGCGUCGAAGAGAUUUUAUUUUAACCAUAUUCUAGACACGCUUAGAAAUCUAAGAGCUAAGAUUUUCGAAACAACGGGCGUAGCAAAGGCCAGGCAUCUUCAUGAUUUCGUUAUGCUGGCAACAUACAUUAGGGUCAACCCGGGCAGGUCUAAGGAAAUACGCACAUUACAAGUCUUUGUUGAGUCAGGGGAGAAUCCAUUUGACGCAAGUUUGUUUCUGGACACAAAUGUUAUCGUCUUUAGGGAAGACACGACUGUGUCUUUGAUAGAGAAUGACUUCAAAACAAUCAAUUCUACUGGGCCGAUUAAUAUGGACCUGUCAGAAGACCGAGAAUUAGUCUACUAUUUGCAUCAAUACAAUUUAGCUAGGCCCAGUCUCCUGCAGGCUAAGUCGCAUGCCUACUUUUUUCUCAACUACACCGGAGAACCAUUUAGGGAUAGUUCUAGUUUGUGCAAGUAUCUUGGAGAUUUAUUUGGCCGAGAAGUAAGUAUCCGUGUCUCCACAAAUGCAUUACGGCAUUCCAUUGUAACAUACUUUAAGACCUUAGAAGAUUCCGAGGACCUUAAGAUUAGGGAGUCCCUGGCUAGAUUAAUGAAACAUUCCCUAAGAUAUCAACAAGACACUUACGACGAUACGACAGCGCAGCAAAAGACACAACCAGCUAGGGAGCCUUUGCGUAGGAAAAUGGCAGCAGAUAUUUUUGGCCAAGCCGACGUCGUGAUAACUGAUGAGAACGAAGGCGCGCCCGCAUUAGGUGACGAGGAGAUGGUUUUGCGCCCGCACGUUGGCGACAUAUGCGCAUUGCUCGAUCCUGCAGCAACCGCUGACAAUAUUUGUUUCUUUCUAGCCAAGGUUGCGCGCUACACAAGCGAUCAGCUAGAGGCGCAUUUAAUUCACUUAGCCCCGCUCGACGAGUCGGAAACCCUGUUUAGGCUAGUCCCAGGCAAAGUUUGGCGAGAACGUAGCGCUGCGCUAUUAUACCCAAUAGACGUAUUGUAUAAUGCAUCUCAACAAGCAUACGAACUCCGCACUAGGCCUUUAGACAUUUACAAUAUGGUUAACGGACAUUAA